ACACAUGUUAGUGAAAUGGAAAAAAAGAUUGAAACUUUGGCCAGAAUCACCACUAUAUUGAAAGAUGUUAUUCAGAACAAGGACCGCAUUAUUGCUCGGCUUCAACAACCAUAUUCAUUAGAUUGCAUUCCAGUGGAAGCAGAAUAUCAGAAACAAUUUUCUGAGUUACUGAUGAGGGCUGCUAGCGACUAUAGUGCAUUAACAGCAUCUGCGGCCGACUUUCAUUGGAGCCAAAAUUUUAGAGACCCACCAACAAUAUGGGCAGAAAUGCUUCGCCCUAUCCCCGUCGCCCUGGCUUCAUGCACCAGGUUCUUUGAAGCCAUGUCUGCAAUGAGGGAGUCAUUUGCCACACUUCAAGCGUUAAGGGUUGGUCCUUCAUCGUCCCUUGCCACACCUAGCAAGGAUCUUUCCCAGAGAGGAGGAUCAAGGAAGAAUUCUGAUUGUGUGACUCCUCC